CUGCAGAUCAUUUAGUUUAAAGCUCCUUUGUUUAAUUUAUUACAUGCCCUUUUGUUGGAAAGACAAAGUAAAAAGCAAAGCAAAACACUGUCUUGUUUUUUCGAUCAGAGCUUUAAAGGCAACAUGGGUACUUUCUGGUAACUCUUCUUCCAGAAAAUCUUCCUCUUUCUUCUCUCUCCCUUUUUUUCCCCUUUCUUUUAUAUUGCUUUUUCGUGCUUUGUUUUGUUGGAGAGCUUCUUUCUUAAAUGAGUCUGGGUAGUGAAGCGAGCAAAAAAUCUCUUCUCUGAAAGGGGGAAACAAAGCUCUCUCCACAUCUGUAUCUCUUCUCAUGGAUUCUGGUAACAGUGGUAGUGUUCAUUCGUCGAGUGGUGGCAGUGAAGAGUUUGAUUCACGCGCUAACUCGUUCUCAGCUUUUUUUAACAGUAACACAUCGAGCCAUGUAGGUCAUGAUUACUUGGGCAUCCAACAACCGUCGCAGCCGGCGGUGAUGCAACGGCAACUCCACCACCACCAAAGUCAGUCUCCGUCGUCUAUGUUUUUUGACCCUUUAUCGAGCUACUUCGAUCAUCCUCUAUCAAGUGCGACGAACCAAAACCUUGAUGUGGUUUGGUCCAAAAAUACAAGAUUCGAUCCCGGUUGCAAUGAUCUCGCUGGGUUUAUGGCCUCACAACAAGCACAUAGUAGAACCACUUUUUCUUCUGUACAGAUCCCUGUAGGAUCAGAAAGUGGUAAAAAAGCUUCAGUUUCAGGCACAACCGACCAACAACCCAGCAACAACAGUAUGGUUCGUAACUCAAAGAAGAGAUCCAGAGCUUCUCGGCGUGCCCCAACGACCGUUCUUACGACAGACACCAUUAAUUUCCGAGCCAUGGUUCAGGAGUUCACCGGGAUCCCUGCACCGCCCUUCUCCUCCUCACCUUUCCCAAGAACCAGGCUUGAUCUGUUUGGUACGAGUCCCAGUAUGAGAUCGACUCAGUUGGACCCUUCGUCUCCUCAUUAUCUUUUAAGACCAUUUGCCCAAAAACUCCAGUAUCCUCCCCCAUUUAUUACUUUUUCUUCUUCUAAAGCUUCCUCUUCCAUGGUUGAUGAUAUAGCUUCUACACCUAGUACUAAUUCCACUUCCAGUACAACUUCCAUUAACUACCAUCUACCUCAAAAUCCACCGAACAACAUCGGCAUGCAAAACCCAAUUCUUAACUUCGUAUCUCUCCUCGAAACCCCUCAAAAAUACCCAGUUUCCAAUUCGACAGGGUCCUUGAAUAUUCCAUCGAACGAGUCUCUUCUCAGAAUGGGUGUUUUUGAAGAGUUCGGCAUGAGCCAGGGGCAUGGAAACACCAACCUGAGCGGGUUCCAAAACACGGUUCCAUCAUCAUCAACAUGGUCCCAAGAUGUAAAUGAUCAAAGUCUUGUAAGGUCCAUCAAUGACGGCGGCUACAACGGUAACACCCAAAGAGUUACAAAUGGGAAAGGGAACAACUUUCCGGUUCUUUCAUCGGAUUUUCACGGCGAUAAAGGGCAGGAAAAUGUAGCUACCAAAGGUGAAGGUAUGGUGGAAUCAUGGAUAUGUUCAUCUGAUUAGGAUUUAUCUAAAAUAUUAUAAAAAAAUCUCCACAAAGAUUAGCAUGGUGAAUAUAUAUCAUCAUGAUGUAUGAAAGAGAGGGAAUCUCUCUUGUUCUCAUUUUAACCAUGAUUUUCAACAUAUGUAAAUCCAAAUCACUGUUUUCCCCCCACCACUCUCUUGAAAGAUUAUACCCUCCUUUUGGGUUUAAUUAUAUGUAAAUGAUAGUAGCCUCUAUUCUCUGGCCAA